CGACAAAACGGCGAGCCAGUAAGCAGCAGGUAAACAAACCUAUAUCUCACUGGGACGGAGAGCCAAACAAAGCGUUUGCGCUGGUUUACCGUCUUGCAUUUUUGAUGGCGAGGAUGACGACAGUCGAGAAAGAGACACGUCUGCUGUCAGCCAUUCAUUAAAAAUAAUCGCUGGAUUGUAAUCAAACGGAUAGGCGAGUCGACGGCAAAAGGAGAGACGAGUUUAACCUACAACGACUGUCGCUACUGGACAUCUGCGCAUGAUGCAUUGCACCACUUUUGAGAAAAUGGGUGUUUUUAUUCUCAUUCUCAGAAUAGAGUAUAUGAUCCGAGAUGUCGGUUGGGUUCUUUAGCUUUAGAACAACAUCCCCUGUGGCGACCUGCAACAUGGGGCCCAUCAUGCAGGAGCGCACAGCAUCCACGACACUGAAACGCGUCGUCUCCAAAGAGAAGAUUCGGGUAAAAUAUACUGAAAACAACGCACCUGUAACCAGUUCAAAGAAAAGUAACAAGAUGAAGAAAGCAGUGGGCCAGAUGAAAAAUGGCCCCCCAGGACCAGGUCAGGAUAAGGACACAGUGACAACAGUGCCGAAGGGUGCACAGUCAAAAGGUGGCAGGAUGAAAUCUGGCACGACACGCAAUACAAGCAAACUCUCCAGCCCUGAAGAAGGAGAUGUGAGACCUCAAGUUCGCAAACAUCUAUCUGUGCACAGGAAAGAGGAGCAACUGGAAAAUCAACGGAUAUCACAGUGCAGCAACGAGCUACAGCAGAAUCGUGGGGGGAUGGGGAAAAAUCGUCGAGCUCUCUCCCUGCCUAUCUCCCCAAUAUCAGGGCUACGACACAUGCCAGCACACCCACUAACACCCUCCCCAGCCCUCACCCCGGAGGUACUACAGCGGCACUACCACCAGAAGGAUGAAGACACCGACAGUGCCAGUGAUCUGUCAGAUUCUGAGAGGCUGCCUGUACUGCCCUCUCCCUGUACCCCUUGCACCCCUCCUCACCUCAACCUCAGGGCCGAGGUCAUCAACACUGAUGACUUUCCCCCAGACUUCCCUGGACCUCAUGGGGUUGUGGGUUAUGAAGAUGAGAGUGAAAAACCCAGCUACAGUUACCCGGACUUUCUCCCUCCUCCUUUUAACACUUGGAGCCUGAGACAGCUGGCAGUGUUUCUUCAUACUGAGGGCCGUGGCGCCCCCCGGCCCAAGCCUGUAGGGCACUUGGAGAAGUACCUGGAGAGGCUGCUGCACCUGGAGUGGCUCCAGAUCCAAACAGUGCAAGCAGAGAGCAGCCGUCCGCCUGGGAGCCGUACAAGGCCUCAGAGCUUCCCCGCUGCCACCACUGCUCACCAACCGAGGCCUCACACAGCUCCACCAUCCCGACUCAACUCCCCUAAAGGGCAGCGGCAAAGCCAGCGAGCCUUCCCGUUUUCACCCCUCAACAACCCCCCAUCACCUGCCUCAGUCCAGCAACAGCACUCCCGCUUUCCGGUUUGCCCUCACUGUCACAUUCGCUACCCAUUGUGCAAUGGAAGCUGCUCCGCCAAUGCCUACCAGCGCCACUCAAGGCUCAGCCCGCUGCUUGAGCGCAGAGCCAGACCUGGAGCACCAGUGAAGAGGAGCAGCAGUGAGACCCGAGCACCCUCAACGGAAGGUAGAAGCCCAGGAGGACAAGGCGGAGGACAAGGCGGAGGACAGGGCGGAGGACAGGGCGGAGGACAGGGCGGAGGACAGGGCGGAGGACAGGGCGGAGGACAGGGCGGAGGACAGGGCGGAGGAGGAGGCCAGACCCCAGUUAGCCCCUCAGCUGGAAAAAGUCAUCUCAAACACAUCCAGGCUUCAGGCAAUGCCCGUAAGCAAACCCAGGAAUCUGGAACUAACCCAAACAGCCGAGGUCAGGUCAGGAAAAGCCGCGUUCGAGCUAACUCUGAGACCGAUGUUAAAAAAGAGCCUUGUGGCAGUAAAACAGCUGGUGCAGAGAAACGUGGUUUUGCCGCAGGUAAGAGAGAGGUCAUCACCUCCAAGAGAGUAGAGAAGGACUGGCAGAGGAUAGAAGCCGUAGGUCAGGCCUCUAAAACUAACAUGAAAAGAGCUGCUAAAGAGCCACAGCCUCUCUUCAAAGCUCCGCCUAUAAGUAAGAAUGGCAAAACAAAAAAUGUGCACUUUGUUGCAAAGUAACGCCUAUAAACCUACAGUACAAAGCUAUAAUUAGUGGUUACUUGGUGCAGGAACUUGAAGCUAUGCUUGCUUUCUGUGUAAUCUGUGUAAUACUAACACGUUGAAACUGUUGUACAGCAGUCUGAAUCAGUCAGUGAUGUACAGCCUUCUAUCGGUAAAAACUAACAAGAAGUUGUGCAACUAGAAUAAAGAUAAAACAGCAAUGAGUUCAAAGCAAAAUGUGACACUUGAUAGAACAGAAUUAUACACACUGUAUUUAAUUCAAAAUGCAUAGCAAGUAUACAAUCAUACUGUUGGAUUGUGUUUUGACAGAAGGCUCAUUACGAUCCAAAGCACUACUAGAUAUUAAACACAGCUUUUAUGUAAAUUGAAUUCUGCUGCACUGCACAUCAUCAUCUCUCAGUGUACUACUAAUGUUGAAAUAGGCAUAAAAUAAGCAUCUACUCUUCGCUUGGACAGCUUUCAGCACAAGUAAUCCAUAGUGAAGUUUAACACGGAUCAUUACAUUUAAGUCAUCAAAUACGACCAUAGCGUUACUAGUGGAGUUUGUGAUGUUGGAAUGUAUUUGUUUUAAAUGCUUUUACUUUACUUGAUGUUGCAUUUGAUCUUUUCUUUGGCGCCUCAUGUUUUAAGAUAUAUAUGUUCAAUUAAAGCAUCUUUGACUGAAAAGGAGGCACAAUGAGUGGUGGUGUACUGCAGUGAUGUAAUUUGUCUCAGUCAUAUUUGAGCAAUGGUUUGAAUUGUUUUGGUUACAAGGGCUUUUCAUGUUUGAACAGCUGGAAUUGUAGUCUAUGAUAUCAUGUAUUUUGCAUAGAGCUGAGCUCUUUCUGUCAUUGAAGACGGUGUUUGCUACAAAUGUAAAUGCAUAUUUUUCCAAAUUUUAUAUACCAUAGUUAUAUUUAUGAAAAGUGUUGUAGUUGACUUGUAUUCAUCUUUGUCAUUAUUUUGUUUCCAUUGUCAUGCAUAAAAAGAAACUAUUUAGUCAAAGAGCUGGAUGUAACUUGGUGUCUACGGCAUUGGUCAUCCCUGUGAUUCAAUGAUUCCACACGUCAUCGCUGUUAUGCUGCAACAUGGUAAUGUUAUACAUAUCACGUCCGUAUCACACUGCAUACUUGAAGUCUGUAGAACUCUGUGUUUAUAUUGUCUCAUCUGUUUGUUGUGAUUUACCAUGUGCACUUGAUUCAUGGGAACACUACAUCAAUGUAAAAAAUGUGAUAUAUAUUGAGAUUGCGCCUCAUUACUUCAACUCAUGUAAAGUAUCAAAGCCAUAGGUAAGGGGCCAGGAGGGGCAAUAUUAGUGUACAUUAUGUUGACAUGCAUGCAGAAAGAUUGUGGUAUGUAUUUUCUCAAUGUUCAAAUGCAAGUAUUUGUAAGGCAUAGAAAUAAAUGUUUUGCACUCAAGGGA